AUGAGCGUGAGUCUCGCUUGCGACAAGCAUUCCUCCUCGAGCGCUGGGGUGGCUGCACCCUCCCGCCGAGUGCAGGAUCUGCAUGUCUGGGUGCGCCCCUCUGUGAGCGAAUAUGCAGAGAGCGAUGGCCGGCUGGCUCUGCGAGGUCUGCCCGCCGGGGUCUUGUGUUGGCUGGGCUCUGACAGCUCAUGUACGCUGGGCUCGAGACACGGAGGCUCUUUCGACCCCGCCACUGCAGAUCGGCAGGAGGCCGACCCGGCCGCCGAACCCAGCCUCGUCCUGCUCGCCCACUACCUGCUCUUCCUCGCCUCCACCGCCGCCCAGAACGGCCCGCUCAUCUGCCCCGCGAUCGCCCACUUCCACACCCACAACCUGUAUGCGCUCUACCCCUCCAUCCUGGGCCCCUUCCUCGAGGCCGCCGACGCCCAUCUGCAGGCGCUGUGCACGACGCCCCAGGCCCAGGCGAGCGCGCUAUACAAGCACCACGGGCUGCGCAUCCUCGCCUGGUUGACGACCCCGGCAAGCACGCCGCCGACGGCCUACCUAGCGAGCUGUGCAGUCUCGCUGCCCCUCAUCGGGCUCGACAUCAACGCCCAUCGCGCCGACCAGCUCCCUGACAAGACCCCCGACGCCCAGGUCUCCCUCUUCAACGGCGCCAAGGCCUUCGUCGUCACUGGCCACCCUCGCACCCUCGUCGGCCUCGUCUCCGCCCUGCGCAAAUCGAAGGCCGAGCCCGGGCUCGACCAGUCCAAAAUCCCGUUCAGCAAGCGUCUCCCGGUCUUCUCGAUGCGCUUCUUGCCGAUCGGUGUGCCCUACCACUCGCACCAUCUCGAAGGAUGCACGGCGCGGAUGCUGGGCGCGGCGGAAGCGGGCGGGAUCGGGGCGGCGGAGUGCGCCUGGUGGGAGGCCCACAAGGCCACGCUCGGCGUGCCCGUGUUCAACACGGAGACCGGGGCGGACAUGCGCGCCGAGCAGGACGGCAAAGGCUUCCUCGAGACGCUCGCCGACCAGAUCUUCACCAGCCCGAUCAUGUGGACCAAGGCCUGCGCCUUCCCGGAGGACACCACCCACAUCAUCGACUUCGGACUCGGCACGCUCUCCGGCAUCGGCUCCCUCGUCGCCCGAAACGCCGAGGGAAGCGGCCACCGCGUCGUCUUCGCCGGCCUCCCCGUCGCCGGCCAGGGCCACAAGAUCAUGAACGAGGUCUAUGACGCCAGGAACAUCGUCCACGAGCAGCGCUGGGCCGAGAAAUACAAGACCCGCCUCGUCAAGACCAAGGACGGACGGAUCCAGAUCGAUACCCCGUUCUCACGCUUGUUGAGCAAGCCUCCGCUGAUGGUCGCUGGGAUGACCCCUUGCACGGUGCCCGCGGACUUCAAUGCCGCUGUGAUGAAUGCAGGCUAUCACAUCGAGUUAGCGGGCGGGGGACACUACAAUGCGAAGGCCUUGCGCGCGAAGAUCGCCGCGAUCCGCUCCAAGCUCGAGAAGCCGGGGCUCGGGUUCACGCUGAAUGCGCUGUACAUCAACCAGAAGCAGUGGGCGUUCCAGUUCCCGCUGUGGCUGGAGAUGCGCAAGGAGGGCUUGCCGAUGGAGGGCUUUGUGGUUGCGGCAGGGAUCCCGAGCACGGAGAAGGCGAAGGAGAUCAUCGACGGGCUGCGCGAGGCGGGGCUCCAGCAUGUGAGCUUCAAGCCGGGCUCGGUCGACGGGAUCCGCCAGGUGGUCCAGAUCGCCGCGGCCCACCCGGACUUCCCGGUGAUCUGUCAAUGGACGGGCGGCCGGGCGGGCGGGCACCACAGCUGCGAAGACUUCCACCAGCCGCUGCUGGCCACCUAUGCCUCGAUCCGCAGCCAGCCCAACCUGGUCCUGGUCGUCGGCUCGGGCUUCGGAUCCGCCGAGGACGUGUAUCCCUAUCUCACCGGCGCCUGGUCCCGCGACCGCUUCGGCGUCCAGCCCAUGCCCGUCGACGGCGUCCUCUUCGCCAGUCGCAUGAUGGUCGCUAAGGAGGCCGCUACCAGCCAGGCCGUCAAGGAACUCAUCGUUCAGGCCCAGGGCGUCCCCGACGACCAGUGGGAAGGCACCUAUGACCGCGAGACCGGCGGGAUCAUCACCGUCACCUCCGAGCUCGGCGAGCCCAUCCACAAGAUCGCCACGCGCGGGAUCAAGCUCUGGAAAGAGUUCGACGAGACGGUGUUCGCGCUCCCGCGCGACAAACGUGCGGCCUGGCUCGAGAGCCACAGGGACUACGUGAUCCAGAGACUCAACGCCGAUUUCCAGAAGCCCUGGUUUGCCGAGAAAGACGGCAGGCCCGCCGGGCUCGGCGACAUGACCUACAAGGAGACCGUGCUCAGACUCGUCAAGCUCUUGUUCGUCGGCCAUCAGGGCCGAUGGAUCGAUCCUACGCUGCGCAACUUGGUUGGAGACUGGUUGCGGCGGAUCGAGGAACGGUUGUCGACGGUGACGGGGCCCCCGAAGGUCUCGGAGAUCCAGUCGUACGCCGAGCUGGACGUGCCGAUGCCCAAGCUCGACACCUUCUUCGCCCGCUACCCCGAGGCCGGCUCCCAGAUCCUCGCCUCCGAGGACAUCGCCUACUUCCUCGCGCUCUGCCAGCGGCCCGGGCAGAAGCCGGUCCCGUUCAUCCCCGUGCUCGACAGCAACUUCGGCAUCUGGUUCAAGAAGGACUCGUUGUGGCAGGCCGAGGACAUCGAUGCCGUGGUCGAUCAGGACCCGCAGCGGGUGGCGAUCCUGCAGGGCCCCGUGGCCGUGCGCCACUCGACGACGACGGACGAGACCGCGGGCGAGAUCCUCUCUGGGAUCGAGGCGGGCAUCGUUGAGCGGCUGUUAGCGGAGACGUACGGGGGAGACGCGGGGCGGGUGCCCCAGGAGGACUAUCUGUGCCGGCGGCCGGCGACGCUGACCGCGGCGGAGCGCGAGGCGGUCCUCGGGGAGGCGCGGAUCCGGUACCGGGUGGAGAAGCAGGGGCCGGCGGACAGACACGUGUACGACAUCGCCGGCCCGCUCCCGGCCCCCGCCCACUGGCCCGCCUGUCUCCUCGCCGACCGGCCCGCCGGCUGGCUCGCCGCCCUCCUCCACGCCAUCGCCCUCCUCCAGGGCCCCGCCCUCGUCUCCAACCCCCUCCCACAACUCCUCCGGCCCAGACCCUUCCAGCGCGUCGUCGUCACCACUGACCCCGCCGGCGCCCCGCUCAACGUCAAGGUCUUCGGCGCCGCCGCCGUGCCCGUCCGCCCGCUCAUCGCCUAA